CUAAGAAAAAAAAAAUGACAUUUAAUUUCCAUAGUCAAAACGGAGAGAAGCGGGAAAGCACGUUAUGGAAAAGACCAAACAUUCAAAACCAUCGAAGUUCAUUACAGCUACGGAGCUACCACUUCCAUGUUUCAACUUCAACCAAACCAACCAACCAACCCCUGUUUGAAAAACACAGAAAUCUCACUUCUAUUUCACACUUUCUCUCUCCACCACAAUGUGGCAGUUUCUCUUAGCCGCCGCCGUAGCAGGAUCCACCAGUUUCGCCGCAAAGCACUUCCUCAAGCCCACCAACACCCAACCUGUCCCCGAUAACACUAGCAAUUGCCACCAACCUUUGAUCGAAUGCCAACCAGAAACAGAGAACGGGAUCUUCACAUUUUCUAGUUCCCGAUCUCUGACACAAGAUGGAUCCUCCUCUAACCCUAAGAAUUCCACCAAGAAUCGCCGACGGUCUAAGUCUGGAAUCAGAGUUGCAAAGGUUGAGCUCAGAUCUGCGGAGCAUAGGAAGCGUGGGAAGAGAAGAAGGAAAACCAUCAACAGUAACAACAUAGCUGGAAAACCUGCAUUUUGUUCUUCCAAAGAUGGCUCUUUAUUUAGUUGGGGUGUUAGCUUUGGGAUGAUGUGUAUGAUGGCUGGAAAAUCAGAGAUCAGUGAACUGAACAAGACCAUAACUGAAACAACAAAAGUUGUUGAGGAACUGAAAUCUGAGCUCAAAAGAAGAAAAUCACCGCGUUCUCAUCAAGAUUCUGUAGGCAAUGCUGGUAUGGAAUCUAGAAGAAUGAGUGACAGGAAUGAGGAAAUAAUGCUCAAGGAGACAAAUAGUGAACUCAGAGAGACUGAUGUCAAAAUUUGGAGUCUCCCUGUAAAUGAUGAAGGUGAAUGUGGAAGUAGUGCUCUUACAGAAGAAUCAGGUCCCCUGGUUCUGGAAAUGGAUCAACUGGAAGCAGAACUUGAGUUUGAAAUCCAAAAGCUCCCUGGGUGUACUAUUGACACUAAUCACGAUGAAGAGAUAAGGCCAAAAUUAGAUGAGGUUGAAGUUCCAAAUGAAGGUUGUCAUGGAGCAAAUGACAAGAAUUUGAACUCUUAUCAAUACCAAGGAAUAUUGGCAUCUGAACUCAAUCAGAAACUUAGUCAGUUGCUCAUACAACAACAGGAAAAUCAGAUUGGGGAUCUGGAAUCUGAACUAAACCUGGCUCAAUGUAAACUCCAGGAGAAGGAAGCUGAACUCCAGGCACUAAAGGACUGUGUCAGACACCUUACCAAACUCCCUCUAUCCACAGUUUCAGAUGAUGAAACUGAUGCAGUCAAGGGAACCAUCGACUGGAACUCUAAUGCAACGCACUCGGGGAUAAAUCAAUCAAUUGUUGGUGUGAAAAGACCUCUAGAUUCUGAAUCAUGUGUAUACUACCCAUGAAGUGACUGAUACAUGUGGGCAUACAAAAUAUAAACUUCAGUCUUCACAUGAUAUUCUAAAACGGUAACUUUGUUCAAUUAUCUAGAUCCCAUCAUAUUGUAUUUAAAUUAUUGGGUUUAUGUGGUGAUGGUAUAUGUAUAUAUUCUUUUGGUGGAUAUGCAAUAAGAAAAUUCAGCACCUAAAGUACUUGGAUGA